AUGAUUUCAGCUUUCUAUGUUCUACAUGUUCCCUUCAACUAUGGAAGCCCGUCGGAGCUAGCAUUGUACAAAUGUUUGAUCAAUAGGAGGUUUACUGAAAUUAUCCCCGAUGAUAAUAGCAUACUUUCGAAAUUUUAUCAGCAUCUUCGACGAACGCCAAUAAACGAGCAAGUGCCCGUGUUGACAAUUCAAAAUCUAUCUUACGUAUAUAUCAGAUGCGAAACUAAUAUUGUGCUUUUGGCUGUUACACAUCAGAAUGUCAAUGUAAUGCUGGUAAUUGCAUUCCUACGAAGCUUUCAAUUGAUUAUGAUUCACUUUUUGUGCAAGGGAGAGGUAAAGACGAUGGAUUUUGAGUUGAUUUUGGAUAACUCGGUUCUUAUUACUGAGUUAGUUGACGAGUGUUUGGAUUUUGGGGUAUUACAAAUAACUGAUUACAAGCUACUAGAGGAAUAUAUUAAAGUGGAGCCCAAUUUUCCCAAACUACUCAACGAAGAUGACUUUAAUGAUAGUGGUAACGAAGAAGCCGAACAUGACCCUAAGACAAAGGAUAAAAAGAAAAAAGGUAAGGCGAAAACCGACAUAAAGUCCACUCAUAAUCAAUCAAUCAAGACCGAUGUUUUGGAGAACAAUGCCAAUAUCAUCAAUAGCUCCAUCUUGCGUACAUAUUCACUGGCAAUAAAUUGGCGACCGAAAGGUAUAUUCUAUGCAAAAAAUGAAAUAUUCGUUGACAUUAUCGAGAAUGUCGAGUUUAUAUACGAUCUUAAAACGGAAUCGGUGAAACUUAAUGAAAUCUAUGGAAGCUGCAUAGUUAAGUCUUAUUUGUCGGGUAUACCAGUGUGCCGAAUGGGGUUCAACGAAAACUAUAUGUCAUCAAUUCAGAAUGACGAUGUGGUGAAAAAUAUUGAUGAGGACCCUUUACCGGAGAACCAAAUUAAAUUAGAAAAGAUUGAAGAGCGUGGAGGUUUAUUGGAGGGGGUGGAUGAGAACCUUGACGAUCUUGAAUUGAAAGAACUGACAACAUCAUCAGUAGAAGAGUUUCGAGAUGAUGUUCAUGUGAACGCUGAAGAUGAAGCAGUCGAAAAACAACCUGAAAAUGCAAUUACAACGGACACCAGAAAACCAUUUAAGCAUCGUAUUCCCAUCAGAAAUAUUCAAUUCCAUCAGUGUAUCGAAUUAUCAAAGAUAUAUCGGGACAAUAUCGUCACCUUUAUUCCACCUGAUGACAAGUUUGAAUUGAUGUCGUACCAAGUGGAACAACAAAAGAAUAAAAAAAAACUUCCUUUGAUAACUAUCAAACCUGUAUUCAAAAUUUUUCAUGGAACCAAAAGAUUGUUAGUCAUGUGCACUUUGAAUACCACUUUCCCACGAAGGAGGCAUUGCAAGAGUUUGUUUGUGAGAAUUCCAUUGAAUCCUUAUUAUUUUGAGUUGGACAUAACCGACCCCAACUUGAAAUACAAGACGGAGAAUGGCGAGGUUUCGUUCAAAUAUGAUACCAUGGAAAUUAUUUGGAAGAUUGACAGCAUAGACGGAAAACAAACUGUAAGAAUGAUGUGUGAAUUAUCCUUGUUGAAUUGUGAACAAAUUACAUUGUCAAAGAUAUCCCACCACUUGUUACGUAAAAUGGACCAUCUUGAUUCAAAUGGGAUGGAGCAAGGCGAUGAUGAAAGUGAAGAUAUUCGACACGACUUGGAGGCUUUUUACGGGGUCAAUGGGAAGGUCAUAACAUCUACUCAAAAGGAAUUGCUACAAGAAGUGAAGCGAAAUUUCACAAAUGAUGAUAUCGUUUUGACAUUCAAGAUUCCUAUGUUUACGUACUCAGGUUUGAAACUAUCGUAUAUUUCCGUGGAUGAGGAACAGUUGAAGUAUCCUUGUUUCCCUUGGAUUCGAUACCUCACUCAAAGCCUGGAUCUCGACAGUCAAUCUGGCCCAUUAGCUAUUGGACAAAAUUGCACUUAUCGAUUUAAAUUAUCGACGGCUUGUUUUGUCGUAGCUUGA